CAAAACGAAAAAAAGAAGAAGAACAGAGACAGAAGUCUCAGAACUCCAUGGAAGAAGAGCUUCACCAAGCAGCCCUCAAAGGCUCCGUACCAGCUCUCCUCCAUCUCCUCAAACAACACCCUCACAUCCUCCAAGACACCUCAUCUCUCUCCGACACCCCCUUACACAUCGCCGCCAUUCUCGGCCACUCCGCCUUCGCCGCCGAGUUACUCGCUCGCUGCCCCGAACUCGCCUCCCGGCUCAACCCCCGUGGCUCCUCCCCGCUCCACCUGGCCUCAGCAAAAGGGUGUUUGGAGAUAGUCAAAAGUAUUGUCCGGGUCAACGCUGAUCUGAGCUUGGUGUGGGAUCGUGAUGGGUCGAGUCCUCUGCAUCUUGGGGUGAUCAAGGGCCGGGUCGGGGUGGUGGCUGAGCUGGCCCGGGUUAGACCGGAGGCGGCUCGGGUGUUGACUCAGGGAGGGGAGAGUGGGUACCACUUGUGUGUGAAGCAUCAUAGGUUUGAGGUGUUGAAGGUUUUGGUGGGGUGUGUUGGGAAAGAUGAUGACUUUGUGAAUUAUAGGGAUGGGGAUGGUAACACUGUUCUGCAUGUGGCUGUGGCCAAGAAACAAUUGGAGGUGGUAAAUUACGUGCUGGAUAAUACAAAGAUUGAAGUAAAUGCCCAAAAUUCAAAUGGUUUCACUGCAUUGGAUGUCUUAUCGCAUAGUACUAGAGAUUUACGAGACUUGGAAAUCAAAGAAUCCCUUCAAUUCGCUGGAGCCCCAAAAAUCAUGAAGAAGACACCGACUGCUAUGUUUGAUCAAGAUCAAGAUACAGUGCAAGUUUCCUCCACAUCGCAGCCACUGAUGUCAAAGAGGAAGAGUUUAAGGCAACUAGUAUUUAAGCCAAAGCAGAAAGAAGUUGAUUGGUUGGGUAGGAAACGAAGUUCAUUAAUGGUUGUGGCAUCACUGAUUGCUACAGUGGCUUUUCAGUCUGCAAUAAACCCACCAGGCGGUGUUUGGCAGUCAGACUAUCUUGAAGACAGCAAUGGCAACCCUGUGGAUAAUCCACACCAUGCAGGCCAGUCAGUGAUGGCUGAUACACAACCAAAGCUGUAUGGACUUUUCAUGAUUUCCAAUACACUUGCUUUCCUUUCAUCACUGAGCAUAAUUCUACUACUUGUGAGUGGACUGCCUAUGAAACGGCGUAGAUGGUUGUGGGUUCAGAUGGUGAUCAUGUGGCUUGCAAUCACAGCGCUAACUGCUACAUAUUUUAUCGGACUGAUAUUUAUGACACCAGGACAGCAGAGGGGGGGCUAUCUGUAUCAUGUGACCCAAGUCUCUGUGCUUGUAUGGCUGGCACUGAUGGGGCUCGUGUUUAUCGGUAAUGUUCUCCGAGCAAUAGUAUGGCUACUAAGAAAGUUUGGAUGCAUGAAGCAGAAACCUGAAGAUGAUACGCUUUAUGAAGAAUAUGACAUUGAUGACCUUUAACCACAGAGAUAAAGCUACGAUGCCUGAGUCUAGAAAUGCUGGUUGUUGUGUUUCAAUGCAGGUAUCAUCUCCAAAUUCGGGCAUCCUAUUCUCAUUUUCCCCGAGAAAAAUCAGUUUUGGAAGAUGUUGAAGGCAUUUGAAAGGCGUCUAUUGCAAUUGUUUUUCUUGAACAUAGUUGCUUUUAGUGUGUUUAUAUACAUCCCUCUUGGAAAUCAUGUGUGAGAAUCUUAUAGCAGCUGGGUCGCUGCGAACUCUGAA